CGUUAACUCUGCCCUCGCACUCCCACGUAUUUAAUGACGGCCCCCGCUCUCUAUCGUCAGAGAACACGACCGACCGACGCCAUGCCACGCUCCUCUCUCUUUCUCCUUCUCCUCCUCCUCCUCCCUCUCCCCUCUUUCUCCCACUCCUCCUGCCACCCAUCAGACCGUGACCUUCUCUCCCUCGCCUUCAGAUCCGUCUCAGGAUUCCAACUCCCCGCCCUGGCACCCGACGACGAUCCAAACUGCCCCAAAAUUCGGCAGAUAAGACUUCCCAAUAGGAAGCUCAGCGGCACCGUGUCUUGGGUGUUCCUGCGGAACAUCACUGGUCUCCGGGUCCUCGACCUCUCCGGCAACGCCCUUGACGGUUCUAUCCCAGGCCCCUUCUGGUCCGCCCCGGCCCUUCUCGAGGUCAACCUCUCCGCCAACCGCUUCGGCGGCGCCCUCCGGUUCGAACCGGGCACGGCCCAGCCACCCCUCGAGGUCCUCAACGUCUCCGACAACCGGUUCACCAGCGCGGUGGGCCUCUCCGUGUUCCGCGGCCUCCAAGUGCUCGACCUCUCCGGGAAUCAUGUCGGCGUCGUGCCGGUUGCCUGGGAUGCCCUCAAAGGUUUGAAACAUCUAGACGUUUCUCGUAACUCCAUGGCCGGGGAUUUUCCUAAAGACUUCCCGCCGCUCGCUGGCCUUCGCUUCUUAAACGUCUCGUUUAAUAACUUAACUGGCGUGGUGAAGCCCAUGGAGGUCAAGAAGUUUGGGAGAUCCGCGUUUAUAGAAGCCGGCUCUCUUAACUUCUCUUCUUCAGCGACCGCGGGCCCCGCUCCCUCUUCUUCUUUAGCUUAUCAUGGGAAGAAACGUAAAUCAAAGAGUCAUGAAGGGGCCCUAAGGUUGGGAGUUACAAUAGCCGCCGCCUCUGUUGUUGUCCUCUCUCUGUUAGCCUGUGUCUUAUAUGCGAUGAUGAGGAAGAGGAGGAAGAGAAAGGGACAGAAGGAUGGGCGGAAGGAAGAGGACCCAGCGGCCGAGGCCUCGGCGGUGGGGAAGGAGGCUGGGUGGGUGGCAGAGGCGAGGUGGACGGCGCCGGUAGUGGUGUUCGAGAAGCCGCUGAUGGAGCUGACGUUCGCGGACCUGGUGACGGCCACGUCGGGGUUCGGGCGGGAGUCGCAGCUGGCGGAGGGCGGCAGGAGCGGGCCGGCUUUCCGGGCGGUGCUCCCUGGAGACAUGCACGUGGUGGUCCGGGUGCUGGAGGCUGCCCGCGAGGUGGACGAGCGGGAGGCCGCCACCGCCUUCCGCGACCUCGCCCGCCUCCGUCAUCCCAACCUCCUCCCCCUCCUCGGUUACUGCAUUGCAGGAAGGAAGAAGCUGCUGUUAUACGAGUACAUCGCGAAGGGAGACCUCCACCGGUGGCUCCACGAGCUACCGGCGGCCCGCCCCGACAUUGAGGACUGGAGCAGCGACACGUGGGAGAUCCACCACGGCGACGAGAGGAGGCUGCCGGCGGCGGCACCGUCGGAGGUGGGGAGCUGGCCGAUGCGGCAUCGGAUCGCGCUAGGCAUCGCGCGUGGUCUGGCUUUCCUCCACCAGGGGUGGGCUGGCUCGCGGCAGGCCGUAGUCCACGGCCAUCUCGUCCCGACCAACAUUCUCCUCGGCGAGGACCUGGAGCCCCGGAUCGCCGACUUCGGGGUGGCAGCAGGUGGCGAGGGCACGGCGGUUGGGGACGUGUACAGCUACGGGGUGGUGUUGAUGGAGCUGGUGACGGGGAGGGCGGGGUGGUCGGAAGCGAAGGUGGGAUGGGCCCGGAAGCUGGUGAGGGAGGGGCGGGCGGCGGAGGCGGUGGACCCCAGGCUGAGGGUAUGGCCGGAGUGGGAGAAGGAGGCGGUGGAGUGCCUUCGGGUGGGAUAUCUCUGCACCGCCGAGUCGUCGGAGAGGCGGCCCACCAUGCAGCAGGUUGUGGGGCUCAUCAAAGACGUGCGCCCUCCCCCCGCCACCACCUCAUCGUCCUCGUCUUCUUCUCAUUAAAGGAAGCACCGAAUCCUACUCCUUUACUUUUCUUCUUUUAAUAUUAUAGUUCUUCUUAAAAUCUCAUUAGGUAAUCUAUGUUUCUUGUUGUUUUGUUGAGAGGAGGGACAGAGAACAGUGGGGUGGGGAAAAGAAAUGGGAGUAGAGACAAAGCGACUACUAUGACUGGAGACUGUGGGGGGUUUGUUGUCGAUCAGCGAAUCCCACUAGCUCGCUAUCUUUUAGGUUUGCAUAGGAGAGUCCAUGGGGGGUAAGUUUUAGACAAAGAAGUUGAGGACAGUGAUGGCUCCAGGAUGGGGGAGGAGAAGAAAGAGAGUAGGAAGGACGGUGCUGCUUGUCGUUUUGCGGCCGGCUAGUUAGAGAGAGGGGUAUCUUUUUUUUGUUCCUACUUGUUUAUUUCUAUGCUUUUUGGAUUUAGUUUAGUUGCUUUUAGAUUCUUAAGACUUGUGAUCAGGACAAAAGGAUGCUGGAUGAUUUCUACCUGCAAUUCGAUACUAUGCUGUUGGGCUGUAUUCCUGUACCAGAUAAGGUUGAACAAAUGCUAGAGGCCGCAGCCGGAACUUAAUAUCGGCCUUGCCACCAAGGAAAGUUUUACAAUCCCUGCAUUUAGAUUUCUUUUUUAAAGUGAGGAUACUUGGCUAAAUUUUAUCGGCUGUGCCACUUUUGCCUGCACCCUCUAACCAUCAAGAAUGUUGCGUGCGUGUGUGUGGUACGAAACUUUGGUUUUUAUAUGAAAGGAAAAAAACUCAUCUAGAUUUGUU